AUGACCAAGAAGACGCAGUCGACGCCCGCGCCCCGUAGCCCGACCAAGAAGGGCGCGCCCAUGCCCAAGACCAAGACGACGACGCUCAAUGUCGAUGCGCCGACCUACACACCGCUGACGGACGACCUUAUCCGGACGGCCGGCCUGCCGUACACGCCGGGCAGCGGGAAGCAGUCAACCGACGGCUUUGUCAUCCUCGACCAAGUCGUCGACUACCGCGAAGUGCCGGACGAGGAGCUCUUUGACCCAGCAUACUACCCAUACACGACCACGGACCUGCGCGAACUCGAGGCGUGUGACCAGAUGAACGAGCUCCUCGCCGAUCUCGAGAUCCUUGACUUGCGGGAAGAACUUCACCGCAAGCUCUUUGACAAGUGCGUCUCGCUCCAGGAGAACCGCCGCAGCGUUGAGCCCAUGGUGCAAAACAUUUUGAAGCGCACGACCAAGACGGACAACGCCUUGUACCAGACGCAAAAGGCCAACAAAUCGAUGCACUACAAGCUGACGCACCAUGGCAAGAGCCCGCGCUUCAGCCGCCAGAUUUGCCAGCCGCGCGCGUCGUAUUAGAC